AUGAGGAGUGGGAUGAGGUGUGGGAUGAGGUGUGGGAUGAGGUGGGAUGAGGUGUGGGAUGAGGUGUGGGAUGAGGUAUGGGAUGAGGUGUGGGAUGAGGUGUGGGAUGAGGUGUGGGAUGAGGUGUGGGAUGAGGUGUGGGAUGAGGUGUGGGAUGAGGUGUGGGAUGAGGUGUGGGAUGAGGUGUGGGAUGAGGUGUGGGAUGAGGUGGGGGAUGAGGUGUGGGAUGAGGUGUGGGAUGAGGUGUGGGAUGAGGUGUGGGAUGAGGUGUGGGAUGAGGAGUGGGAUGAGGUGUGGGAUGAGGUGUGGGAUGAGGUGUGGGAUGAGGUGUGGGAUGAGGUGUGGGAUGAGGUGUGGGAUGAGGUGUGGGAUGAGGUGUGGGAUGAGGAGUGGGAUGAGGUGGGGGAUGAGGUGGGGGAUGAGGUGGGGGAUGAGGUGUGGGAUGAGGUGUGGGAUGAGGUGUGGGAUGAGGUGUGGGAUGAGGUGUGGGAUGAGGUGUGGGAUGAGGUGUGGGAUGAGGUGUGGGAUGAGGUGUGGGAUGAGGUGUGGGAUGAGGUGUGGGAUGAGGAGUGGGAUGAGGUGUGGGAUGAGGUGUGGGAUGAGGUGUGGGAUGAGGUGUCGGAUGAGGUGUCGGAUGAGGUGUGGGAUGAGUUGUGGGAUGAGGUAUGGGAUGAGGUGUGGGAUGAGGUGUGGGAUGGGGUGUGGGAUGAGGUGUGGGAUGAGGUGUGGGAUGAGGUGUGGGAUGAGGUGUCGGAUGGGGUGUGGGAUGAGGUGUGGGAUGAGGUGUGGGAUGAGGUGUCGGAUGGGGUGUGGGAUGAGGUGUGGGAUGAGGUGUGGGAUGAGUUGUGGGAUGGGGUGUGGGAUGAGGUGUGGGAUGAGUUGUGGGAUGAGUUGUGGGAUGAGUUGUGGGAUGAGGUGUGGGAUGAGUUGUGGGAUGAGUUGUGGGAUGAGUUGUGGGAUGAGUUGUGGGAUGGGGUGACGAAUGCGCAGGGUCUGGGGCGAGUGGAGAACUUGGAGAUGAGGAAGGGGGAAGAGGGCGAAGGGAGGGAGUGGUAG